UAAAGGCUGGCUAGCCCCACAUCUAAAUAGCAUUACCUCGUUGUAGUUUGCUUCGACCAGAUCACCAUUGCAAUGUUGUCACCAACAAUCCUUUUCCUAAUCAGUUUGCUCGCGAUUUUGUAUGUUUGGAUUCGUAGACAACGAGUUUCAAAGCUGCCUCCUGGACCGCCGCGUCUGCCUCUCAUUGGUAAUCUGCACCAGGCCCCCAAGGAGGCCGUGUGGAUCACAUAUCAGAAAUGGGUUGAGCAGUAUGGUCCUCUCGUGUACCUUAAUUUUGGCGGUACGAAUGUGCUUCUCAUUGGAGACCAUGAUGUGGCCAAGGAUCUACUCGACAAGAAGGCUAAUAUUUACAGCAGUCGGCCACGCAUGGUUAUGGGACAAGAAUUGACGUGCAAGAGUAUGCACAUCAUGUUCAAGCCAUUUAACGAAGACUUCCUGCUCCACCAGCGACUCGAAGCUCCACUGCUUAGUCCACGUGCUUCAGCUUGCUACACAGCAGUUCAAGAUCUAGAAAGCAAGCAACUUGUCAACAAUUUGCUUCACUCAAAUAAUUUUCCUAGAGAGUUCGAACGCUUUUCAGCAAGCAUCGUAUACUCAAUCACGUUUGGAAUGCGCAUCAUCACUGGCGAGGAAUGGCAGCUCCAGACAAGUCACGAAUGCCUCAAGAACUUUACUAUUGCUGGCCAAGUUGGUGCAUGGAUCGUUGAUCUAUUUCCAGUUCUUAAUAAUCUGCCAGCACCGUUGACACCAUGGAAGAAGACUGCAGAAACGUGGUUCAAAUCUUGGACAAAUCUUCACAUGACAAACAUGCAGGAUGCUUUGGGGCGCGAGGGAUGGAACUGGGCCAAAGAGAUCAACAAGUCGAAAGAGGCGACCACUCUAACUGCGACAGAGAUAGCAUGGGAUCUCGGUAUUCUUUGUGAUGCGGGAGUCGAGACGACGCAAGUGCAAUUGCAGAUCUUCAUCCUCGCAUGCGUCGCUUAUCCGGAGUGGAUUGCCACAGCGCAAAAAGAGCUCGAUGAGGUGGUUGGCGCAGAUCGCCUUCCCACAUUCGAGGACUUAAGCAACCUGCCCUAUCUCCAGGCCGUGGUGGAGGAGAACUUCAGAUGGCGCCACAUUGUUCCUGCGGGAAUCCCGCAUGCAACCACUCAGGACGACUACCACAAAGGUUACCUCAUACCGAAGGGCUCGGUCGUGGUUCCCGUAUUCUCAGCAAUGCGUCAUAACGCUGCUCUUGACUCGCCAGAGGUAUUCCGGCCGGAGCGCUGGAUCGGCAAAUCUCAGCCCAGCAAUUUCGGAUAUGGUCGACGAGUCUGCCCUGGAAGGUUUAUCGCACGGAACUCCUUAGCGAUAGCAAUGGCGAGACUUCUGUGGGCUUUCAACAUACGUUCGAAAGAUAGCAUGAAAAUGAAGGUGUCGGAAGACAUAUUUACCACUGGGUUUGUGUCUGGGCCAAGACCAUUCGUCGCGAUUUUUGAACCGAGAUCUAUGGAGCACAAGAGGGUUGUUGUGGAAGCGUUUGAGGCAGCUGAUAAGGAUAUAGUAACUCUCUUAAAUAGUGUUAGGGAGAAGCAGGUCCAAGCCGGUCUUACUCCCAGCGCCUGA